AUGAGAGGGUCUACACGAAUGUUUCCUAGCCCAUUCUGCAUGCUCUGGCUCGCGCUCCUGUUGACGGCUGCCUCUGCCUCCCCUCUCGCCAACGGGAACAGCCCRUCGGCCCCUUCGCUCUUCUCGGGGGUGUACGAAGGACACACGUGUGUYGGCUGUGUGCUUGUGGUCUCUGUGGUUGAACAGCUUGCACAGUUGCACAACAGUACAGUAAAAGCAGCCUUGGAGAGACUAUGCAACUACAUACCUGAAGAUCUCCAAGGUUUCUGCUACCUACUUGCUGAAUUUUAUGGACCGCACCUAGCUGAACUCAUAGACAGGGAAAUGAAUGCUGAUGUGGUGUGCCAUUCCUUGAAGCUGUGUAAACAGGAUCCCGGACAACCACUUUGUCAUCUCUACCCUCCUCCUCAGAUGGGAUUAAGUACUGCAAUAAGGAAAGCAAAAAGGAUUAUGAAGACUUCCAAGGACCUGAAAAGCAUCGCGGGGUUCUCAAAUGUAUGUGCUUUUCCCGUUCUGGAUAAGCUGUGCGAGAAGAUUAAAUAUGUCAUAAGGAAUAAAUUGCCUUUUGAAGAUUUUGACGGAGAUAAAUUUAGUACCUUCCCAACUCUGAGGGGCUAUCACUGGCGAGGCAGGGACUGCAAUGACAAGAACGCCACCGUGUACCCUGGCAGGCGUCCUGAUAAUUGGGAUGUGAACAAUGAUUCUAACUGUAAUGGCAUAUGGGGGGUGGAUCCAAAAGAUGGAAUUCCCUAUGAGGAAAAAUUCUGCAAAGGUGCGGACUCCCGAGGGGUCGUUCUGCUGGGGGACUCGGCCGGAGCCCACUUCCACAUCCCUCCCGAGUGGAUGACGGUCACGCAGAUGUCAGUGAAAGCAUUUGCUAAUCUCCCCAUGGCUUUCUCUGAUGAGCUUGACUGGCCCCAGUUCUCUGAGUUCACUGGAUUUCUGAACUCCACAAUUGGGGGUUGGACAGACUCUCUGUAUCUACGUUUACGCAGGAGAAAUCGUUGUAAUCACAGAGACUUGCAGAACAUUUCCCAAAAUGGUGGUUCUUCAAGAAACCUCCUGGAUUUAAUUAAAAGCUUGGCUAGAAACCAGCUGCUGGACAAUCCGACCAUAGUCGUGUACGCUACAAUCGGGAAUGAUGUCUGCAACGGGGAACGCGACACAUUGGCGCACAUGACUACUCCCAAACAAAUGCUCUCCAAUGUUGUGCAAGCUCUGCAGUUCCUCAACACUCGUCUUCCAAAAGGCAGCCACGUGAUCCUAACAGGCUUAGUAGAUGGACGCUUCCUGUGGGAUAAUUUACAUGACAGAUACCAUCCUCUAGGGCAGCUGAACAAAGAUGUCACAUACAGCCAACUUUAUUCUUUCCUAAACUGUCUGCAGGUGAGUCCUUGCAGUGGAUGGCUGACUUCCAACGAAACCCUCAGGAACUUGACCUCGGAGAGAGCUUCACAACUGUCCAACGUCCUGAAAGAAAUAGCGAGAUCUGAGAAAUUCAGCAACUUUGAUAUCUUCUACAUGGAUUUCCCACUGAGACAAACGGCCGAGCAGUGGCGCCGCAUGGGCGGCCAGCCCUGGCAGCUCAUCGAGCCMGUCGACGGCUUCCACCCCAGCCAGAUCGCCGCGGCGCUCGGAACRAGCAUCACCUGGCAGAAGGCGCUCCACGAAUGGCCCCAGGUGCUCGGAAAGGAGAACCCCUUCAACAGCCAGAUCGAGGCCGUAUUCCAAGAUCAGGGCGGACACUGAUUUCCAAAGGGCCGGGGCCCAGCUGCACGUGCACGGCGCUGCUUCCCGGGGCCUUCAAGGAAGCAAGAUGAUUCAAGACUGAAGAAGAUGGAAGAGGGCACCAGAUAUCCAAGUCAGACUUCUCCCCCUCCUGCCCCCAAAGAGCAGCACAAAGAGCCCAUGAAGAUACCACGGCAGCCCCCUCUCCAAGGCUGUGUCCGAGCUGUGGAGCCACCCGCCGGCACAAGCAGCUCAAGCUCUCACUGGGGAGCCACAAGAAUAAAAGUGACAGGAUGCCUGCCAGCCAGGCCAUUUAUUGUCCUGGGUGGCAACUCCACAAGACUUUCCUCCCUUGCAACAAAUACCUAGCCCAAGUUCUAMUUCCUCUGCUGUAAGAACAUGUUUCUGGGCUUCUACUUACACUAUUUCAACAGUUAAUCUGAUCCCAAAAAGGAAAAAAAAMCCCAAACUCAUUAUGUUGCUCUAGAUUGUGUAUAUGUAAUUACCCUGGCUGUCAAUACAUUAUUUAGCUGCUAUUUGCUUAUUAAAGCGUGCCAGGAAUAACAAGGCACCACAAUUCUGAUUUGCCUGGGAGUGUUAGUUCAGCCUCAACAGGCACAGGUUCUUUUCUCCCAGCAUUUACAAGGUAGAAGCCUGACAGCCCUUCAUGUAUUUACAGUAGGCUGCUUUUUUU